AUGCCGCACCCCUACAAUCCCUCGAGGGACAUCCCGAGCCUGGAAGGAAAGGUCAUCCUGAUCACUGGCGGCAAUAUCGGUCUUGGCAAACAAUCUGCCUUGGAUCUCUCUGGGCACGGCCCGGCCGAGAUCUGGCUUGCUGCACGGAAUGCCCAAAAGGCCGAUGCUGCACUCGCGGAGCUCCGAAGCCACGCACCUGACGUCUCUGUUCGGUUCCUGCAGCUUGAUCUCGCCUCGUUCGAAUCCAUCAAAAGUGCCGCUCGCACCUUUACAUCCGCCGUUUCUCGCCUCGACAUACUCCUCCUGAAUGCCGGUGUUAUGGGUUGCCCCCCGGGAAAGACUAAGGAAGGGUACGAGAUGCAUAUCGGAACAAAUCACGUCGGACAUGCGUUGCUUCUCAAGCUCCUGACCCCUCUAUUGGCCAGAACCGCGACUGACCAGCCGCGUUCGGGAGUUCGGGUAGUCACCGUGAGUUCGGUCGCACACAAGUUCUCCGUUUCAGGGGGGAUUGAUUUCGACAUGCUCAAGACGAACGGCGAAGUCUCAUCGCCGAACAACCUCUAUGGGCAGAGCAAACUGGCAAAUCUCGUGUACGCCACGGAAUUCGCGAAGCACCAUCCGGAGAUAACAUCCGUGUCUAUCCAUCCGGGGACGGUGAAGACGGACCUCCAAACGGGAGGGGGAAACUUGCUUAUGCGAGGUUUCCAGAGAUUUGUGGUUCCCCUGAUUGGGGUUGAGGUUGACGAAGGCGUCAAGAGCCAGCUCUGGGCAGCGACUGCGGCAAGCGUGAAAUCCGGAGAAUAUUACGAGCCUGUUGGAGUCGCCGGAAAAGGCAACGCGCUAUCCAAGAGCGAGGAAUUGGGGAGGAGGCUUUGGGAGUGGACCGAGAAGGAACUUGCUGGACAUAAUAUGGCGACUUGA